UCUAGUACAUGUACAGUACAUGUACAGUGGGCACAUACAGUACGCGUGAAUCAAAUGCGUGAGCAGCUUGCAGAUGACGAGAGCUUAAAAUGUCGCAGCAUCAGCAGACCCUUCUCCGAAAUUUCAUCAAGUUUACGUCAUACACAGAAGGACGAGACAAAUUAUAUAGAGUUACACAAUACGCAUCAAGGUUUCUGUUGUGGUAUUACACAAACUAUGGAGGGCCCAAGAACACUGUGCAGACUGUCCAGAACUUGGAAUCUGCUGUCACUACGUCCAGAAAGCUUUUUCGAAUGUUCCGCUCCGCCGAGUUUGCUCAGAAAGCAAUGGACAUGCUGGCCUUGACGGACGACGUUCAGCGCCUGCUGACCGUGAUUGGCUACUCGGGCAAGGCCCUCUGGUUGCUUGUGGAUCAUCUCAUUUGGUUCGGCAAAACCGACAUUUACAGUGUUGACACCAAGAAGUGGAGUCAAAGGUCAGCGUGGUGUUGGUUGAUUGCACUGGUGUCGCUGACCCUAAACGACCUGCGGAAAAUCCAGCUUUUGGCACGGCGCGCCGCGGACAUGCAGCGAGCUGGCACGAUUAAGUCCAUGCAAGGGGCGGAGCUGCAGCGGGACAUACAAAAGGCCCACUUACAGCUCAUCAUCGAUGCCAGCGACCUCUUGAUCCCCCUGUCAGUGCUCGGAUACGUCAGCAAGGGGUGGGGGGCUCUGGGUGGGGUGGUAUCGUCAGUUGUAGCAAUCCACGUUGUGUGGAACAAGAACGUUCAUGGACAAUAAUGGCAACACAACACAAAAAAGUUUCCAGACUGGGUACGCAGCGUCUCCAUGCCUCAACAGUGGUAUGUCAGUGUUGCACUGUUUUAUUCUAAAUGCAAAAAGUCCAUCCUGUAGUGUUAUUCAGUGAUCAGAAUUUGUCCACAUUCCUGUGAUGGCAUGACACGUGGACAGGUAGGGUGGAUGUGCAUCAAGCUGCAGAACGUGCGUAUGGGAGUGCGGUGUCCCCCCUUGUCAUGGCUUCUCGUCCAUGAUUAGUCCAUGAAUUUUUAAUUCUACACUGGCAGUCAACGAAAAUAUAAACCCAUGAUUUCGUCUGAAAAAUUGGUGCAGUAAAAAAAAAAAACAGGUCUUCUAUUUCCCACAAUGUGUUGUCAAGAAAAGAUGAACCAGAUACAGCAUGUCAUGCAUCAGUGACUGCAGCGUCUCCUGGUUUUUGUCAGGUCAUUGGGUCAAAUGUGACAAGUACCGGUUUGGGCAUUCCAUUGGCUGUAUUUAUCAAGGUGGGUUAUGCACACUGUACUACUGCAAUAGCAUAUCUUCCAGUAUGGCCUUUUUAGUAGAAGUGUAGCUGUGGACACGGCAGCACCCCGUAACUUUUGGAUGACUGUCUGUAUCAUGCGUCUUCCAGCAUUUGUUCUUAUUAGCUUGUGUAUUGGCCACUGAACUGGCCAAGUUCAAUCAGCAACCAUUUGCGGUUCACUGGUUGAUUCACCAGGGUAACCUAUGCACAAAAUGUAUGCUGGGUACCAGGUAGAAUCGAUUAGUGGUUGACCAACUGUCACUGGUUAAACUUUGGCACAGCUGCAGGUUUGAGAGAUAACACCAACAUAGCCUGAUUCAAACACUCGGGAUCAGAAGCCAUUGGUGCAGUGGUGAUACACUCAUAAGCAGUUUGUACAUGUAUGCACCUGUCAACCAGUAAGUGCCUCAGAGAGAGGCAUGAUCUGACACGUAUGAGCUUGUAAAACACUGCAUUCUCUCAAAAGUUAAAUUAGACACAAACAGUACAGGGGCCAGUCACAUUAGCAGCAUUUCCCCCAUGGUUAUAAAUUUCUACAAGUGUAUGAAACCCUCCCCCCCCAAAAAAAAAUCCUUUCUAUUCGUAAAUAGGUAUACAGGAUGUAGUUUGAUUGAAACAGUAGAAGACUGUUCUUACAAAGUUGUCAUUCCCUUUGGCAGUCAAAAAUGGGUGGCUCAAAAUGUACCUGUCAGUUUUGAUAUUGAAGUGGACAUUGACUGGCAUUCCAAACCAGAGAUCAAUCUCUGGUCCCAAUGCAGUUGCAGCGUCCUCGCUGAUACAUAACAGGUUGUGGCAUGCUCAAGGCAUGUAAACCCAUCAGGGAAACAAUGCAAAUGUAAUGUAACUUGAUAGCUCUUUUGCUCAGGUUUAAGCCAUUGCCAAAACAAAAAGUGAGUGUGAUGUCACUAGUGAAAUGGAAUUUUCUCGUGUGGUGUGCAUAGAGGCAUCUAUUUUACAACUGAAACUGAAAGAACUCAUUUUCAUCGUCAAGGAGUUACGAGCAUAAACCAUUUCAAAAAUAGAUCAAGACCAAUCAAUAUAAUUGGGUUUAAAAUAGUUUUUUCAUUAUUUACACAUUUUCGUACGCAAAAUGCAGUUUGAGUUUUGCAGUGUUAUCGGUCAGAAUUUUUUGUGGUAACUAUUAUUUUAUUUGAAAAAUAAUUUCUUGUUUUAUUUGCUAAAAAUGUUAUCCAAAGACUGAAAUAUUUUGCCAACUGCAAUAGAAUCUGGGAAAAUACCCAAUGAAAAGGCUAAUAAUGCUGCCAAAUUUGUCACCAAAUUUCAGUCUAUUUGAGACAGCAGCUGCAUUGCUGGCGUCUAACCAUAAACUCCCCAAAACAGUAAACUUUUACAAACUAUGACUUCAAGCUU